UGGAAAGUGGCAUUGUUUUUGGAAUCUAGCCAACGUUUUGCGAGAUACGUCGGAUACGUCGAUGUCGUCGGCCGCAACGGGUCUACAAGUAACACGAAAAAUCCCGAGAACUGCCGAAGCGAUUCAGUGACGUCAUGUUGAAGCAGAAGAGAUAAGACAGUCAAAAACGUGAAGUUCUGUUCUGUUUUUGAAUAUAUCCCAGACUCGUGUAGGCACCAUUGUUCGCUACGUGAUUAAGAAAAAUGUCGUACGCUUACCUGUUCAAGUAUAUCAUCAUCGGAGACACAGGAGUUGGAAAAUCCUGUCUACUCCUUCAGUUUACGGAUAAGAGAUUCCAGCCUGUUCACGAUUUAACAAUAGGAGUCGAGUUCGGUGCUCGUAUGAUCACAAUCGAUGGCAAGCCGAUCAAGCUGCAAAUUUGGGACACUGCAGGUCAAGAGGCGUUUCGAUCAAUUACACGGUCAUAUUACCGGGGAGCAGCAGGAGCUUUAUUAGUAUAUGAUAUUACACGCAGAGAAACGUUCAAUCACUUAACGACUUGGUUGGAAGACGCGAGACAGCAUUCAAAUUCCAAUAUGGUAAUCAUGUUAAUCGGUAACAAAAGUGAUCUGGACAACAGAAGGGAGGUGAAGAGAGAAGAGGGUGAGGCUUUCGCAAGAGAACACGGACUCGUUUUUAUGGAAACCAGUGCGAAGACGGCGAUCAACGUAGAGGACGCGUUCAUCAAUACGGCAAAAGUAAUUUAUGAAAAAAUUCAGGAAGGCGUGUUCGACAUAAACAAUGAGGCAAAUGGAAUCAAGAUCGGGCCACAGCACUCGCCCACAAGUCCUAUUGAUAAAGCGGUAGAGGAUGGGCAGUUCUAUUUAAUAUUUUCUAUUUGUUCACAUUGUAUAUUGUAUGUAUCGUGCACUAAUUAUUGGAGUUUUAAUUCGAUUUGCUAAUGGAUCAAAUUGUUGGUAUACACGAAAUCAAAUGAUCUGUCAAAAAUCUGAUUUACACUUGACUACCUAAGGCGACACUAUGUAUCUAUGUAUGUAUCAAUGUACGAAAUGAUGAAUAUAUAAAUCAUAUAAAUCAAUUUUAUUGCGAGGCCUAUCUAA